AUGGGAUUUAUAGCGAAUAUACUGUGUUGUUCUUCAGAUACCUCUAAAACACGUCGCCAACGUCUGCAACCAGAAACUAAUCACAACCGCAACCGCAGGCACAAUUCAAGCCAAGUACAAAACCCAAACCGGAAGCAAAAGGCUACUCCAAACGGUGACAAAAUGCAAUAUUCCGCACCAGAUAUCCUUUUAUCCAGUACUGAUUCAGGCAGCAAUGCGGCCGCCAAGGCGACCCAGGUUACUUGGAAUGGAAGUAACGGGAAACUAGGUCCUUUAUCAAGAAAUCACUCGGACGACUCUUACGGAGAGGAGAAAGAAUAUGAAGAUUAUAACGAAGGGGACGUGGAGAUGACAGAAGUUAACAAUGCAGGGGAAGAAGACGACGAUGAAGCGAAGGAAAAGCAAGACCAUGUCGUCCAUGAAUAUAACGUUGAUGCAGAUAGAAAUUCGAGUAUUACUGACGAAGCACCACAACAGAGUCAGUACCAGGUUGAUCAAGAAACUAUAGAUCCGCAAUAUAUGGCCAGCAGCCCUGACAAUACCUUGAAUUUGAUACCCACUAUAGAGGAAGACUUUUCUGAUUUGAGACAUUUGCAGCCAGACCAGUACCAUGCGCCCGGCUGCGACACUCUGCUACCACCCAAAUUGGAAAAAUUUCAACAGAAGAAAUGUCUGAUCUUGGAUCUGGACGAAACUUUGGUACAUUCUUCUUUCAAAUACAUGCACACUGCAGAUUUUGUUUUGCCUGUCGAAAUUGACGAUCAGGUCCACAAUGUCUAUGUGAUCAAAAGACCGGGUGUCGACGAGUUUUUGAGCAGGGUGUGUCAGCUCUACGAGGUUGUCGUCUUUACGGCAAGUGUUUCGAGGUAUGCAAAUCCACUUUUAGAUACACUGGAUCCUAAUGGAACCAUCCAUCAUCGUUUAUUCAGGGAAGCUUGUUACAACUACGAAGGUAACUACAUCAAGAACUUGUCGCAGAUCGGAAGACCACUAUCUGAGACAAUCAUCCUAGACAAUUCACCAGCCUCUUAUAUCUUCCAUCCGCAACAUGCCGUGCCAAUAUCUUCUUGGUUUUCAGACACCCACGAUAAUGAGUUAUUGGAUAUCAUCCCGCUUUUGGAAGAUCUUUCAUCAAAGAACGUGUUGGAUGUGGGGAGCGUGUUAGAUGUAACUAUAUAA